GUUUUAUGUUUUCCCUCAAACGUGCACCUUGGCUCAACUAUGGACGAAAAAGACGACGAUCUCGGUGCCUUUGAUCCAAACAUACCUGAAGAGGGACCAUCAGCGCCCCCUCCUGGCUGGCUGGAUGUCAUUCACGGAUACCAGGGUUACAAAGGAGAUGAUAACCCACUGUACCCUCCACCCCCUGCCUACAACCCCCAGCCUGAGCAGGACAGGAAUACUCUGGUGCCUAAUGUCCGGGUGCCCACAGUGUCUGAAGACGUGGCCAGAGAAGCUUUAGUGAAGUUUGCCGAAUCCAAAUGGAGGUACAGCGCCAAACCAGCCCGCAACCUCACCUUUAAAGAUCUUAAAGCCAUCACAGUUUACAGGUACAGACUGGAGACCUAUACAGAGACCAGAACCAGUGCCUGGCAGUUUGAGCCAUAUCAUGGACAAGCAGUGGAUGGGCCUCAGUUCGGUGUGAGCCCUCCUCCGUGGGACAUCCCAGUGUCUCUACCGCAGAGGUUCUCUGACAUGGUGGUUAAGGUCCGCGUGCCUCACUCAUCCUUUGUGAAGAACUGCCACACGUGCCAUGGCUGUGGAAGAACUCGCUGUAGAGCGUGUUUUGGACGCGGCAUGAAACGCUGCACUUUUUGCCACGGUCACGGUCGAUCCAGAAAUAAGCGCUGUUCUUCUUGUGGGGGUCGGGGACGCAAAAGGUGCCUCUCAUGUCACGGACAUGGCUUCAAAACCUGCAGUGUUUGUCAUGGCAAACAGAACCUGAUGCACUUCAUUGAGCUCACAAUCACGUGGAAAAACAACAUAGAUAACUUUAUUCCCGACCGUCAACCUGAAUUUCCAGACAAGAAGUUUGAGAAAGUGACCGGAGACCCUUUCUUUGUGGAUGAGAAUGUGUUGGUUUAUCCAAUCCAAGGAUUCCCUGAUCAGGAAAUUUGUGAUGUCUCUCAAAAACUGAUAAGUGAACAUUUUAACCGCUUCAGCUCAACCAGUCGCAUCCUGCAACAGCGUCAGACAAUCGAGAUGGUGCCUCUCACUCAUGCACACUACACCUACAGUGGGAAAGACUUCGACUUCUUCAUUUACGGAGUGGAGAACAAAGUCCACGCUGCCAAAUACCCCUCUGCAUGUACCAUUUUAUAACAAAUAUACACUAAUAUUACAUUAUCCUUAUAUGGAAACACU